CCAGCUUUUAGUUGGUGCGGGCACGCGAGAAGCGAAGAAACAACUCUCACAAAGCGGAAAUCGGAAAUGUGCUAAAGGAUAUACACACUGAGAUAUAGAUACGAGAUCAUGGCUGCCUGUUAUAAUGCAUAUACCGGUGGAUCGCAGUCCUUUGAGUUCGAUGAGGACGACGACGAUGCCUCCUUCGACAGUGGCUACGAGAAGAGUUUCGAGACGGAGGCCCAGUUAAGUUCCCGUCGGCGCUUAGACUUUGAUGACCAAUUCAACGGCACUCCGCCGAUUCCGGCUGUCCAGCAGCCGUACUCCGGCAGCUCCUGGGACACUGUACCGCUCAACUCACCUCCGGCGGGAUUUGUGGGUCUGCUUGACACGAGCAGCAACCAUAGUACGCGCAGCGGCAGGACGCUUGUGGAGCAUCUGAACAGUCGGGCCACCAAUGGUGUGUUCGAUCCGCCGCUGACCAGUACGCCGAUGAAGUCGCCAGAAGAUCCAGAUGCUCCACGACCAAAGCGAAAAUAUGCCGUCGGAAAAAACAGAGUAACACGCUCGCGCAGUCCCACUCAGGUGGUAAGGAUCAAGCGGUUUCGUCGGAUGAAGGCUAACGACAGGGAGCGCAAUCGGAUGCACAACCUCAACGAUGCACUGGAGAAACUACGGGUGACUCUGCCCUCGCUUCCCGAGGAGACGAAGCUGACGAAGAUCGAGAUUCUGCGAUUUGCCCACAACUAUAUCUUUGCUUUGGAGCAAGUGCUGGAAAGUGGAGGUACGAUCAAUCUGGAUCUGGAAAAGCUGCAAAACUUCACGCUGAGUGGCGAGAGGAUCACCAAGGAGCUGUUCGAUGCUUUGUUUGUGAAUCCACAGCCGUUUCCCAUGUUCGGAGGCGGCAGAAUGUUUCCAUAUGGCCAUGGAAUUGCUCCCCUUGCUCAGAAUCAUCCUGCUUCUGCUCCGACUGCGGAGCAUUCUCCCGCUAUGGGAGGCUUCCAGCAGGGCAUGAACUACCCACAACAGCCACCAGGAUUUGACUUUACAGGCAGCAUGCGAUUCUACCACCAACAGCAGCAGCAGCAGCCGCCUCACCAUCUGCAUCAUAAUCCCCAGCAGGAGUCCAGCCCGCAGCAGUUCUCGCAGGAGAAAUACGAUCUGUUCAGGGGAUCCUUUGAUGCAGCUGCUAAUCUCGAGCCUACUCACUUGGAUUCAGGAAUUCACCAUCAGAGUAGCUUUUACACGCAAACGCCGCCGUGGAAGGACUAUCCGGAGGAUCAGGCACAUCCACAUGCCAUUCCACAACCACACAGCUACAAACAGUUUGCCCCACAGGUGUAGCACAGAUUUGGGGGCCAAACGGCGAUCUGAGGUCUCUUAGCGUGAUAUGUUUAAAGAUUGCAAGGAUUUGCAGGAAACUAAUCUAGAGGAAUCCCAAAGAGAUGCAUCCGUGACUUACUUUUGAUGACAACUAAAGUAACUCGGGGGACUCAUCUCAGGAUUUCCCUUCUUUACUUUCCCCGAACCACUCGCAAUCUGUUGAUAUUGAAAGUAAGUGAAAACAUAAUUGGCUGCUUAGAUUAUCAUUUAGUUUGGUAAUGAACAUUUCACUUACCAAACUAAAGAUAUUCCAUGAACUCAAUUUGUUUCGUGUUAUAGAAGGAUCCUUAAAAGAAAAGCCAAUUUUUACUGAUAAAAAACCAUCCAUAGUUAAAACUCACUCAAUAUUUACUCAUUUCAUGUUCAUUAUAAUUGGUUUCUUUUUUAAGGAUCUCAGUGAAUAGUUGAAUUAAAAGUGCUUAACUUUAGUAUAUUACAACACAUAUUAUAGAUAUCUCAAGUAAAGCACUUUUAUUAUCAACAUAUUCCCUUUAUAUUCUUCUUAACUAGAUAGUACAAAUCGGUUGUCCAUUUAGUGUAAGCGGAUAUGUACCUUACCAUUCUAGACCUAAGACUAGUCCUAACGAUCACUGAAAUGUACCAGGUAUUAGCCAUAAUUAACUGUACAAUCGAUUAAGUAUAUGUAGGUUAUGCCAGAUAAUAUUUCUAUACUAUAUCAGUUAUUGCAAUGCAAGGAAAGCGAGCUAGUCAGGGCCAGAACUUUAAAGUGAUAAGAUUGAAUUUCGAUGUAAAGCCAUAAAGAUUUAUUUUUGCAAAUAAAGUUGACGAUCAAAACGA